UUCUUCUUUUCUCUUUUUCUCUCUCUCUUUUUCUUCCUCCUUGCAGAGAGAGCACCUUAUGCUGAUUCCUCUCCUUUUCUUCCUCAAAUCUUGAACCGAUCGCCAAUUCCGUCAAAAUUUCCGAUUUUGAUUUCUGGGUAUCUCACCUUUUCUCUGUCUGAUCAUGGCGGUUGUUGAGAGUGGAGUUGCUGCUGAUCCAGGAGUCGUGAUCCAGCCGCCUUCUUCGCCGACAAGUCAAGAUUCCGGCGUUUCUUCCGAUGAUCAGAACCACCACUCCUCGAGGAUCGAGCUCGGCGGUCAGGCUCUCCGGCACGAUCAGGGCGGUCUCUACAGCAAGAUCGGGUCCCACGCGGCGAGAUCCGACGGCGUAGAUGGCGGAGAGAGCUUCAAGCGUGACAUGAGGGAGCUCCAGGAGCUUUUCUCUAAGCUCAAUCCCAUGGCUGAAGAGUUUGUUCCUCCUUCGCUGACUAAACAAGGAGGUGGUAACGGAGGACUUAACGGUGCUAACGGUGGUUUCUUCACCUCUGCUGGUUCCUUUUUCCGCAACAAUGGCUUCGGUGGUGCCGGAAAUGGCUACGGUAACGAAAACGGCGGUUUCCGACGGAAGAAGAGCUUUGGUCAAGGGAAACGGAGGAUGAACGCUCGAACAAGCAUGGCUCAACGAGAAGAUGUCAUCAGAAGAACCGUCUAUGUCUCUGAUCUCGAUCAACAGGUCACUGAAGAGCAGCUUGCUGGUUUGUUUGUGAACUGUGGACAGGUUGUUGACUGUCGCAUAUGUGGUGACCCAAACUCCGUCCUCCGGUUUGCGUUCAUAGAGUUCACUGAUGAAGAGGGUGCAAUGACUGCUCUGAAUUUAUCCGGAACUAUGUUGGGAUUCUAUCCUGUGAAAGUUUUGCCAUCCAAAACAGCUAUUGCACCGGUUAACCCGACUUUCUUACCUAGGACUGAAGAUGAGCGUGAGAUGUGUGCAAGAACUAUCUACUGCACUAACAUAGACAAGAAGGUUACUCAAUCAGACGUGAAGAUCUUCUUCGAAUCGUUCUGUGGAGAGGUUUACCGUCUGAGGCUGCUUGGAGAUUAUCAACACUCAACUCGUAUUGCUUUUGUAGAGUUCGUGAUGGCAGAAAGCGCGAUAGCAGCUCUCAACUGUAGUGGAGUUGUUCUAGGUUCUUUACCGAUAAGGGUGAGUCCUUCAAAGACGCCUGUUCGUCCAAGAUCACCGAGGCAUCCAAUGCAUUGAUCUUAGCUACAGGUUUCUUCAGAUAAUGUCUCUCUAUAUAUAUUAUAUAUAUAUCGCUCUUUCUCUCUAUCUCUCUUGAGCGAAACAGCAUACACAGACAUGUAAAGAUGUUUGUCUGCAUCUCUGGUCUCUUGUUUUCUGAAUGUAACUCUUGGGAUCUGAUGAUGAUGCUUCCGUUACCUUUUUUUUUUUCUUGCCUGAGAAUCCAUUUGGGUAUAAACAAACCUCGUAGAGAGUUUUCUUUCGAUGUCACUCUUUUAAGAGAAAGAGUUAGCUUAAUAACACUCUUUCCUCGAGAGCUAGUUUAUUCAUUGGAAAACUUUCUUUUAUU